CCUUUUAUGAAACGUCAAAUGAAAUCAGUGCAAAAUACAACAAUAAUAAACACGAUGAAAUUAAAUCGAAACGUAUUGAACGUGUAAUAAAUCAAGCCAAAAUGGAAUUAUUUAGAUCAGAAUCGUUUUACAUAUUCGUUAGAAAUGAAUCAAGUUUGUGGUGGAACAGGACAACCGGGGCAUUUUCAGUGCGAUCAGCGUGGGAUAUGUCUGAUAUUGAGGAUAUCGAGUGUCUGGGGAUCACAGAUGGUAUUUUGGGCAAGGUGGAACACUCUAAUAUAUACGAACCUCGUCUGAUGAUAAUAAAAGAGAGUGCUCCUGUAGGUACAAUAUACUUCCAUCACUCAAUAUAUAAAAUUAAAUCAGUAUGUUUUCUGAACAUGGGGCCUGUGAAUCAGGAGAUAGAGUUGACUCCUUGCACUAAACAUGGAUCUAUGAACGCUAUAUCGAGUUCCAAUAAGUCUUUAAAUAAGAAGAUGGGAGCGAGGCUGUUUGAGAACUCAGCGUUUUUGAAUAAAACUGUUGGAGCUGUGAAAAAUGUCAGUAACACCAUCAAGACUACUACGCAACAGGCUGCUACACAAGUAAAACAAUCAGUAAAGAAGCAACGAGACCCGAAGCUAGCGGAGCGCUUCGAGAAACGUCUGACGGAUGAACUGCUCAAGAUAUUCGACGACUCGGAGAGUUUCUACUACUCUCGAACUCUGGACUUGACGAACAGUCUCCAAAGACAGUAUGAGAUUGAGAAGAUCCUGGAAUCCGAAGCUGGUACUGGGAAACCAGUUGUGGACAUCACGAAGUGGUGGAAACAUGUCGACGAUAGAUUCUUCUGGAACAAACAUAUGAUGAAGGAUAUCAUUGCUCUUGGGAGUCCAGAUUGCGACCAAUGGAUUCUACCAAUCAUCCAAGGCUACGUCCACCUGUCCCAGAUAGCGGUAGAGCCAGCAGACAUUAACCCUUUGAACACAGAGUCUUUGUCUAACGCCAAUACUUGUGAUGAAACCUUCACACUGGGGCUCAUUUCACGGCGGUCGAGGUACCAGGCUGGAACACGGUACAACCGUCGAGGUAUAGAGCCGGGCGGUAAGGUGGCUAACUACGUGGAGACUGAACAGAUCGUCUCCAUCAUAUGUUCAGACAGCAUACACAGGGCAUCAUUCGUGCAGGUUCGUGGUUCCGUGCCAAUAUUCUGGAGUCAACCGGAAUACAAGUUCAGACCUCCGCCUCGCCUCGAUCGAACUGAAGACGAAUCCCACGCCGCCUUCAAGAAGCAUUUUGCAGAAGAACUGACAACGUACAAAAAUGUAUGUAUAGUGAAUCUAGUGGAACAACAAGGCAGGGAGCGCAUUAUAUGGGAGGCGUACGGCAACCAUGUACUUCGGUAUAAUAGUCCAGACGUUAUCUAUGCCACUUUUGACUUCCACGAGUAUUGCCGCGGCAUGCACUAUGAAAACGUAAGUAUCCUAAUCAACGCACUGGCUGACGUCAUCGGGGAGAUGCGAUUCUGUUGGCGCGACGACCGCGGUCUCAUCUGUACGCAGAACGGAGUGUUCAGGGUCAACUGCAUCGACUGUCUCGAUAGGACUAAUGUUGUACAGACAGCGAUAGCAAAAUACGUGCUAGAGCUGCAACUAUGUCGGCUCGGACUGGGCACCCCGGGCUGUGGACUCCCUCCCUCGCUGCGACAGGCGUUCCUCACUAUGUGGGCCGACAAUGGAGACGUUAUCUCUAGGCAGUAUGCUGGGACUAAAGCGCUGAAGGGUGAUUACACAAGAACAGGCGAAAGAAAAUUCACAGGACUAAUGAAGGACGGUGUUGCAUCAGCUAACAGAUACUACCUCUCAACCUUCAAAGACGCACUACGCCAGGUGGCUAUCGACGUGAUGACGGGCGAGUCCCGCAGUAUACCGGAUCAGCUGAUUGUUCCCGAGUGUGGAAAAUGCACUUCUGUUAAGGUUCUAAUGUUCAAUGAUCAGACGGAGCCAGAUACGGCAGCGAUGGCGCAACAUGUUAAAUCCCUAAUAGAUGACUGCAAAAAGUUACUGGUUGAUACGGAACCGGUACUCGGUUCCUGGGGACUUAUUGAUGCUGAUCCUAAUACGGGUGACCCUCAAGAGACGGAGAUGGACAGCGUGCUAGUACUGACGAGCUCUGCGUACUACGUGGCGGACUACGACGAGACGUCCGACAGGUUACUCGGCGUGCAACGGGUCGCGCUCGCUGACGUCACGCUCAUUGAACUCGGACCCUUCGAUGCUAACUGUACCACGUUGUUCAGCGUGGGUCGCAAGAACACCCCGGAGCCAGUGUACUGCGUCCGCAUCCACUACUCGUGUGGCGGGGAGGCGGGCUACUUCCACAUGUUCCGCUCCACUACGCUCCGGUUCUUCAACAACAUGGCCGUCGUCAUCAAUACCAGGGACGAGAUGAUUGAAUCUCUGCACUCAAUUUGCGAGUCGUUGAUGGUGGCGCGAGACGUUGCCAAGCUCCCUCCCAUCCCGUUCCACGACGGAGUCAAGCUGGAAAAGAAGAAAUCUAAAGUCCACCCAGGCCAGUCGGGCAACGCUCGGUCCUCGAUAUACCUGGACCUAUCCCGUCUGCCCACCCUCACGAGAAACGUAAGCGAAACGCAACUCGUCGCCGACAUCCGAAGUGUUGGAUCAAAAGCCCUGACCAACAUGACGGAACAAUUUAGUAAGCUGAACAAACUGAGUCACUCGUUAAACGCGCGCGCACGACCUAGUUUACAAUUAAAAUUCGACCAGAGCGCCUCUCGCACUAAGAAGAUAUUCACCCUAGGACAGAACAAGGACAAUAAGAAAAAAGGCAGCCUCUCUGACGGCAUGAGCUCUGAUUACUCCUCCGACGACGAAAACAGAACAAAUAUCUUCGAACCAACUCUCGACAACUUCGAAAACACCCAACAUUACAUUGGCAAGCCAGCACAGAAGACCGAAGCAGAAAACGACUGCGAACUGAUACAAAAUCCCCUGUACUCUUCAAAAAUCGAACCGCAUGAUACACAAGACUUUAUUCCUUCAGAAAUAGUUACUAAUGUUGAAAAACAAGCGAGUAAAACGCCAAGUAAUGUUAACAAAAUCAAUCCGUUUAACAUAGAGGCGUCGAAGACUCCGGAGAUUCAGGUGGACGGGGCUUUUGCGAAGCCUGCUCCUCCGAGUUCCCUGAUGUUGGCACAGAAACUGUCCCACAGUUCCAAUGAGUUGAAUUUCGAUGAUAGUCAGUCGGAGGGGGUGAACUUCCACGUUCGUUCGAACUCUCAGCAUGAGAUCACGUUGAAUAUUGCGCAGUCGCACAGUGAGUCCGCCAUCAAACAGUUCAAGAACAUCGCCAGCCCUGUCGGUAGCAGCACUAAGGACAUGGUACUCUCGCCCUUGACGAAGUUGGCUAAGGGCGUCCAGAAUCUGGGGGCUAAUUUGGAUCCGAGGAAGAUUAAGGCCGCUCCAGCGGUAAAACAAGUAACAGAACAACAAUACGAAGAACACAGGAAACUGCAGGAGAAAUGGCGCGACUGCAACACUAGGCUAGUUGCACUCUAAUGCUAGUGUUGCCAACUACAAACACAGUAUUGCCAGGUGAAAAAUCUAAACAGUAUACAGAUACACAAUAAUUUAUUUAUUAUAAUUUAUUUCAUGCACAAUUUAAUAAUUUUAAUAAUGUAGACUUAGUCUGCGUGAUUUAGUUUCAUUUGUAUUUACACCAUACAGUAUUUAGUCAACUAAAUGAACGUAGUUUACGAAUUAACGAUACGAAUAGUUUGCAGGGUUGAAACGUAAUGUCCUUUAGGAGUUAGGAAGUGAAUUUUAAGAUCUAAUAUAAUAUAAUCAGAUUCUACAAUGUAUUGAGAGCAGCCAAACUUUCAAAACAAACUUAACAUCUGGUGAAAAUAAAAAAAGAACUGCUUAUUCUGCGUUGAUAUCGAAAUACUCUUCUCAGCCAUAAUGUUUGGUUUGAUGAUAAUGUUUUUUUAAUUACUUGGUAGUUACUAAACUGACUAUUUCUAGCUAGUCUGCUACUGCUACUGUUAAAAUUGUGUAUUUCUAGUAAAUUAUACAAGUUUGGAUGUUCUCUACCUUAAAUAAUUGUCUGAAAACCUUCCUAGAAAGUCUUCAAGCUAAUUUAGCUAUUGUCUGAUCAUACCAUAACUUCAAAUUUUGGUGUUAGCUAAAAUCUUUAUAUGUUCAACUCUAAAUGAACUCCUAAAUUUAAUAGUAACUAGAAUCAAACGUUUCACGCGUCUUUGAAAGUUCCUGAAAUAGCUCUUUAAAUUGCAAAAAAAAUAAUAAAAAUAACUCAAAAAGUAAGACAUGCUAAUAAAAUAUUACUACAAUCUUCUACUUUUAUAACAAUUGACAUUCCUUUUAAAUAUAAUAACAAAUAGUAUUAAAAUAAGGCCUCAUUUAGUUUAUUAGUAGCGUAAAUAUGUAUAAAACAUAGACUCGCCCUAUAAUGGCGAAUCGGGGCUACCGUGUUUUACUCACUAGAUGGCGCUGAUCUAAAAAGAAAUCAGUUUGUCUAAUCACUAUAGCUGUCAAAAUUUGAAUGUCUAAUAGCGUGAUACUAGCUAAUUGGGUACUUGCCAACUAGUCAAAUUCAAUACUUUUUUCGAACUGUCAAACGACAAUUCUCUUUGAAUGUUGUACAACGUUGUGUAUUGUGACGUCACGUUUUUUUAGCGUCAAAUAGCAUACCUAUUUUGGUGGUCAUAAAAUCAAUUAAUGAA